AUGACCACCAAUAUUAUCGACCCGACUAGAAGUGUUCCAACAUUAGCAAACAUAUCAGGGACUUUCAAAACACAAGAUGAUGCAGAUAAGAAAAAACAUAUUCUUCUUUUGGAGAAACAACUCGAGACGUUAAAAGGAGAACUACACCAAGGAAGGGAUCUUACACAUCUAUCCAUGACUAUUCAAAUGCGCCCUCCUUCAUUUUCAUCACUAGGAACUCCAAUACCUGAAUACUAUUCGUCAGUGCAACCUCCCACAACAACUGUUGGCUUUACAAAUCCAUCAUUCCCGUUCACACCCAUCAACUCCCAUAAAUUUCCUCAUUGCACCCCACAUCCUAAUGUUGUCAUAUCUUCUCGUGAUACUCAAGAAACAAAUUACGCUACCUUUCGAGAACCAUAUAUUUCUCCAAUAUGUGUGACUAAGACACCCAUUUUCACCAUGCCUGCUAAAAGUAGGCUUUCGAUAAGUACAAAGACAAAAGAGGGGGAUGACAUAAACGUAAACAAGCUUUGUAAUCUAAAGCGGGCGAUGAAACACCUCAACGAAACUCAAGUCAACGAGCAUUUGAACUACGAAGAUUUAUGUAUCCAUCAAGAUAUUGAUUUGCCAGUCGGGUUCAAGCCACCUAAGUUUGACUUGUUUGAUGGAACCAGCGAUCCUCAUACUCAUUUAAGAGCAUAUUGUGAUAAAUUAGUAGGGAUUGGCAAAAAUGAGAAGCUCAUAAGGAAGUUGUUCAUUAGAAAUUUGUCUGGUGAGGCUCUCGUUUGGUACACCAAACAAGACCCUCGUCAUUGGCACAAAUGGAACGACAUGGCUGAAGACUUUAUAAAUCGUUUCAAGUUUAACAUAGAAAUCGCACCUGAUCGACUUUCCCUCAUUAGUAUAUAG